CCGUGAGGCAAUAUUGGGUGGUCCAGUGCAAUAUAGGUGGAUGUACCCAUUUGAAAGAUACCUGGGCAAGUUCAAACGGUAUGUUAAGAAUAAAGCUCGGCCAGAAGGUUCAAUUGCAGAGGCCUACAUUCACCUCGAAUGCUUGACAUUUUGCUCAAUGUACCUAGAAGAUGUUGAGACGAAGUUCAAUCGAGCGGAUCGGAAUGUUGACGGUUCAGAAGCGGAGACAAUGGAUGGCUUUGCCAUUUUCAACCAGAAAGUCCGUCCUUUGGGAGUUGCCUCUAAUAUCCCUUUAGAGCAUGAACUCCUUGCUUCAGCCCGGUGAGAACAUCAUGAAAUGUGUCAGCGGACGAACCCUACUGCAGUUGAUCGCACACAUAAGAAGGACUUCGAACUAUGGUUCAAGACGCGUGUUAUAGGCCAACGUAACCUCAAUCCACUUGAUGUGUCAGCUGAUUUAUAUGCACUAGCCUGUGGUCCCGAAAGUUGGGUUGCAUCAUACGCUGGUUGUAUUAUAAGUGGAAAACGGUUCCACACAAAGCGGCGUGAAGUCAGAAGACGUACACAAAAUUCAGGAGUCUUUGUAACUGGUGACAAUCAAUCUAAUAAUGUUGACUUUUAUGGUGUGAUUCAUGACAUCUUGGAGAUACACUACAUGGGAUGGCGACGCGUGUACCUAUUCAGAUGUGAAUGGUUUGAUGUUGGAGAUCGAAGAAGAGGGGUACGAGUGGAUGAUCAUUUAGUCAGUGUCAACAUGGACCGGACUUGGUAUAAGGACGAACCCUUUGUCCUAGCAUGCCAGGCAUCCCAAUGCUUUUACAUAAAAGAUGUACGUGUCAAAGGUAAUUGGCAUGUAGUGCAGAAAUUCACCAAUAGGAAUGUAUACGAUAUUCCACCAAUAGAAAUGGUGGCAGAAGAAAAAGAUGUGAAUGCGUCAAGUGACGCUGAUGCCUAUCAAGAGAAUGAAUCAUCGCAUCAUUACACACCUGUCCAGGGUCAUGAUGUGCUUGUCCCAACUCCAUUGAGUAGGAAUGAUAUUGAACCCAGGCGUGUUGAUGCACGAGAAGCAGGUUGUAUAGAUAACGCAAGACUUGAAGAUUUUAUCAACGAUGCCGAACUUGGCUCUACAUCAAGUGAUGCUACUGGUGACGAGGAAGGUUCUGAGGAGCAUGGUUUUACGACAGAGUCCGAAUAAGUCUCAGAGUAGACUUAUUUAGUGAUAAUGCUUUGAUUGAACUUUUGUAAUAAUCUGACUCUAAUGAAAGUUACAGGGAGCAUCUUGUCUUCAGUCAAAUAUGUAUCAAAUACAUAGGUGUAUAACAAUUAAGAUAUUGAAUUAAGAUAUGUGUUUA